UCAAUAUGUAUUAUUAUACAACAUACAAUAUUUUCUCCAUCUUUUUCUAUUAUUGAAGUACCUCUCUCUAUCUGUCUCUGCAAUAUUGCGAUGGAAAUGGCAUCCACUUCUCUUUCUUUUCCUUCUCUGCAACCCCACUUCCAUACUCCACAACAUAAAUCUUCAUCAUCAAAAACAUAUACCCGUCGACUUGCUGUACGUCCGAUCACCGCCUCAGUUUCCGAGAAACCAUCUGUACAAGCUCCACCAACCACGGUUUCACCAUCCCAACUUCCGAUCCGUAAAAUUCCAGGAAACUAUGGUCUUCCUUUUAUCGGUCCAAUCAAAGACCGUCUUGACUAUUUCUACAACCUCGGUAAAGAAGAGUUUUUCAAGUCAAAAAUGCAGAAGUACCAGUCAACUGUGUUUCGAACCAACAUGCCACCGGGCCCUUUCAUCUCUUCUGAUCCAAACGUCGUCGCCUUGCUCGACGGUAAGAGCUUUCCCACUCUUUUUGACGUGACGAAAGUUGAAAAGAGAGAUCUUUUCACUGGUACUUUCAUGCCCUCUACUGAACUCACCGGUGGUUACCGUGUUUUGUCAUAUCUUGACCCGUCGGAACCGAAACACGGGAAACUCAAACAACUAUUGUUCUUUCAACUUAAGUCUAGCCGAGACAGGGUUAUCCCUGAGUUUCACUCUGCCUACACUGACUUGUUUGAAGCUCUUGAAAAAAAUUUAGCUACCACAGCCAAAGCUAAUUUCUCUGAAGCCAAUGACCAAGCCGCCUUUAACUUCUUGGCACGAUCGCUUUACGGUGUUAACCCGGCUGAUACUAAACUCGGCAAAGAUGGACCUUCUAUUAUUCCUAUAUGGGUUCUCCUUCAACUCAGUCCAAUACUCACUCUUGGCUUACCAAAGCUUGUAGAGGAAUUAUCCAUCCACACAUUUCGUCUUCCUCCAUUUCUGGUUAAAAAAAAUUACCAGAGGCUGUACGAUUUCUUCUACGAGUCAUCGGGUCCCAUUCUCGAUGAAGCAGAAAGGCUGGGCAUCUCCAGAGACGAAGCAUGCCACAACCUGUUAUUUGCCACAUGCUUUAAUUCCUUUGGAGGAAUGAAGAUUUUCUUCCCCAACAUGUUAAAAUGGAUCGGUCGAGCUGGGGUCAAACUCCACACUCAGUUGGCAGAAGAGAUCAGGGCGGCGGUCAGAUCCAACGGUGGAAAAGUCACGAUGGCUGCAAUAGAACAGAUGCCGUUGAUGAAAUCCGUCGUCUACGAGGCAUGCCGCAUCGAGCCUCCGGUACCGUUUCAGUACGGAAAAGCCAAAAAAGACAUGACCGUUUCAAGCCACGACGCAUCGUUUGAAGUGAAAAAAGGAGAACUGCUGUUCGGAUACCAACCGUUCGCAACAAAAGAUCCCAAAAUAUUCGAGAGAGCAGAGGAGUUCGUGGCGGAUAGGUUCGUCGGCGAAGGCGAGAAGUUGCUUAAGCACGUGCUGUGGUCAAACGGACCAGAGACGGAGAAACCGACUGUAGGAAAUAAACAGUGCGCCGGAAAAGAUUUCGUGAUGCUGAUUUCCAGGCUUUUGGUGGUGGAAUUGUUCCUCCGAUACGAUUCGUUUGCGAUGGAAGUAGGAACAUCAGCACUGGGGUCUUCUGUUACGUUAACCUCGCUGAAGAGAGCGAGCUUCUGAUGAUUGGAGAAUAAAGCAAUUGGAAGGGGUAAUUUGGGGAAAAUGAAUGAUGUUAAUAUAGUUGGUAAGCCUGGAAUUAACAGCAUAUCAUGAGGACUAGUCAGUCUUUUAACAUUUGUUUGGUUAUCUUCCUUGACAUUAGGUUGGUUAUAUUGAAUAUAAUUUAUUUCAUCGA